CUAUAAGUCUACCUCCACGACCACCACCAGCAUCAUCACUCUCCCUGUUAUUGGUCGCUCACUCACCGGCCGCCGACACAGAUGUUUUUCGCUUUUAGUUUCUAUAUAUAACAGGCGUGCGUGUAAAGAUAACGGCAGUAUUAUUACUACACCCAAUAAUAAUAAUAAUAAUAAUAGUAAUAAUAAUAAUAAUAAUAAUAGUAAUAAUAAUUUUUGCAUUACUAUUGUUGCCAGAAAAGCGACGGAUGAGGGGAUAUUACAGGGACAGAUUACAAAAAGUGUUGGAGUUUACAUUGAAAUCGGAUGAACCAUUAACUAACCUAGCAAGAACAAUGUUAUAACAGCUUUCAUAUCUUUCACUUUUAUCUGAAAAAGACUCUCCGGAGACACAUAAACCACACAAGACCACACAUUAUUCACACACAUAAACCACACACAUAAACCACACAUUAUUCACACACAUAAACCACAAGACACACAUACACACACACAUACAUACAUACACACACACACAUAUAUCUUUACUUUAGUACACACGUACACGUCUGUCAGUUUCCUUAUCUACCUACCUACCUACCUAUCUAUCUAUCUAUCUAUCCUUACAUUAAGUACACACAGACACACAUAAACAUAAACACCUAGAAAACAUUUAGCGUCAACCCUACGAAUUGUUCAUCUUCAGCAUUUCUUCUCUUCAUCGUCAAGACUACUGCUGCUGUUUAUCUCAUCACCACCACCAUCACCAUCACCAGCAUCAUCAUUAUUAUUAUUAUUAUAAAUCAGUAACAAUGUUCCCGUCCUGCCGUCUGUAGUAGAUGUGGUUCUUCAGCCGGUCUCACCAUCUCACACUGCCAUCAUGGCUGCAAAGAUCACCAGAUUUCUUGCUUACUCCUUAUUCAGGUUUAUCUUACCGUUAACUCUACUUAUAGGAUGUUUGGUUCGUUACAGUGGACUCUCGUUAAUCUAUGGCAUUUUGCUGCUGCUGACUCCUCUUUUCAAAAGUCCAACUAUAGAAUCCUUACACGGUGCGACUGGACACUUUUUAAAAGCUGUUCUUGCAAUAAGCUCUUUAAUAUUUUUAUCACAGUCACUAUUCCACAUUGUAUUAGUUAGUAUUGCUACACCAGCUGAACCCUAUGGCUCCAUAUUUGGUAACUGUACAGAGAAAGAAUCUCUUGUUAGACAGAUUGGGUUUCAAAGGUUGGAUGAUGUUCCUGCCAAACACAUUGCAAGACUAAUUGGCCCAGAUCUUUUAGUUUUUCUUGUUGCCAUUGCUGUUCUAGCAAUUUGCAGCAAAAUCCUUAAGGAAGGCACAAAAGGAUCCGAACUCACUAGUGUUGUUCAUCCACAGAAACGUCGUGUACAUAAAAUCCUACAGUUCAGCAAAAUUACAUUGUUGAUUUUGCUUUUAGCAGCCUGUAGCAUCAUAGUACCAUCUUUGUUAAGUGCUUUCUAUUUUCUCACUUUCCUUAUUGCUGUUACCUUCUGGGCAUUUGGUAAUUCAUUAGGAAAAAGAUUUUCAAGCUUCAAGUUCAUACUACUUGUUUAUACAAGCUUACAUCUGAUCCUUCUGUAUCUUUACCAAUUCCCAUUUUUCCAAGAAAUUCUUGAAGAAGAUUCCUUAGCUGCACGCUUAACUGGAUUCACUGCACUGGUUCAUACCAAUUGUGCUGUGCCAUGGGACAUAGACUUUUCCAGCAAUCAAGUUUCCUGGCCAGGCUUUGUCAAUCCUGGACUUCUUCUUUUACUUUAUUGGACUGCUGCAUUCCAAUGUCGCCACUGGGUAUACGAAGAAAGCACUGUGAAAAUGAAAUCUGACGUCAAAUCAGCCUCAGCCUAUAUUGUAGCCAAGAGACGGGUUCAUCAUCACCGCCGCCAUUCUGGAUCUGAGCGGCAGAUCAUAGAACGCAAAUCCUUGCUGGCGUUUCAAGUUGGUCUUGUGGAGACUGGUGAGAAUAUGCAUUACAGUAGUUUGGAUGCGUUACCUCCAAGUAACUCCUCCGUGCCAAAAGCCUCCGACAUCGAAGCCAGCGAAGAAUCUGAAGAAGAAUUACACGGCAGUAAGGCAAGCCAUUCUCGGAGUGCCCUCAGCGAGAAGAGGUCUGUCAUUGCCUCUGUUUUAAUCUACAUCAUGAACCAAAGCUAUGUAUUGACUCUUAUUGCUAUGAUGGCUUGGAGCAUUACUUUCCAUAGCUGGUUGACUUUUGUGUUUUUGCUGGGAGCUUGUCUUAUUUGGAUGGUGCCCAAAUCACGUCGUGCGUGUCUCGUAGUCUCCCCAAUGAUUGUGAUUUAUGCAGAAGUUCUACUGACCAUUCAGUUCAUCUAUGGACUUGACUUAAAUGACCAGGAAUUACCAACCAAUAUCAAGGGUGUUAAAAUGGCUGAGAUUGGUUUCAUCAAACCUCACACUCCAUGUGGCAACCUGGCUUUACAGAUUCUGUAUACACUUGUGUUCCUGCUGACAUUACGACAGCAUAUGCGUGAGAAACAACUGAAGAAAGAGACAACUAAUGAAGGUUAUGCUCUAGGGCGUCUGGACACCGGUAGCACCUCCAUCACCCCUGCUGUCUCUGAGACACUGUAUUCUCCAAUGGAUUCAGAAUUUGUUGAUGGUUAUGAUGGGAGUACUAUUAAACAUAUUGGACGUUACAUAUGGUCACUGCUUAGCAAAUACUGGAUAUUCAUCUGUGCUGGAAUGAUGCUAACAAUCGCAAUACAAGACAGAGUAGCUUACAGGCUCAUCUAUUUGAUCUUCUUCCUCUACUUUGUUAUUCUGUUCCAGCUCUCCUACACCAUAUGGCGUCUGACAAUGUAUAUUUUCUGGUGGGUUGUCAUCAUUUAUUCAAUGGCUAUACUCUGCAUAAUAUACACCUACCAGUUCAGUCAGUUCCCAGAAUACUGGCGAAAUUCAACAGGCCUUUCAAAAGAAAUGUUAGAAGACCUUGGUCUGCAACAGUAUGAUGUCCAAGGACUGUUUGAAAAAUUACUAACUCCUACCAGCUUCCUGAUUGUCAUUAUUAUCCAAGUACAUUAUUUUCACCAACCUUUCAUGAAUCUCUCAUGUCUGGACAGAUACCUAAGAGAAAUGCCAAAGUUUGAAGGAAUCGAUAUGACAGCUGAAGAAGGUCUCACUACUGACGUCACCAACCAAACCUCGACUGAUACUGAAGCUGAACCUAGCAAACGACCGAAACACUGGAGGAAGGAACUGCUGUUACGGUGCCGAUCACUGUGGAAACGCGCAAAUGAUACUUGGAACUAUGUUUCACAGUACCUCUGGAGAUUGACUGAAAUACAUAUAUACAAAGUGGUUGGUUUUACCAUCAUGGUAGUUGCUGCUAAAGAGGUGUCUGCUAUUAGUGCUGUGUACGUUAUUAUCUUGGCCCUGUUUCUUCUGUUAGUGAAAUGUCGACUUCUGCUCUCACACAUUCUACAGAUAUAUACUGCUCUUGUGUUGUUAGCUAAAACUUCCUUCCAAAUGUCUGUAGCUCGGGUUACUGACUGGGAGAACAACUGCACAGAUACAUGGUCCAAUAGCACCGAUGAAAUGGAUUACCCCUUCAAUGAAACAAUUAACAACAACAUUUGGAUUGGACUUGAAAAAGUGGACUCCAACUAUUUACCUAAUUAUUUAGUGAACUAUGUGGCCAUCCUGCUGAUAAUUGCAUUCCAGUCAAUUGUUCGCUACCACCAACAUCAACAUUACAAACACUCAGAACACAGAAGGCCGAAAGAAGGGAUUAUUUUCUGUAAUGUAACCAGGGAGGAUGCUGACAAAGGAAUUAUUGAUGUUCUCAAGUAUUUUGCUAAUUACUUUUUCUACAAAUUUGGACUUGAGAUCUGCUACAUCACAACUGCCAUCACCAUUAGUGUUCGAGUGGAUGCAUACUCUAUUCUCUAUGCCAUCUUCCUGGCGGCUUUACUCCUAAUGAACCGACGUAAUAACGCCAGAGUUUGGCCGGUCUAUGUUCUCAUUUUGACCGUUUUGCUUCCACUCCAGUAUAUGUCCUCACUGGGUUUUCUUUUGGGACUCUGCACUGAAUAUCCAUGGAAGGAAAUGCUGAAACCAUCUCUGCAAUAUUGGCUUUUCCUACCAAGCUACUUACAUCCUCCACCAGCCAUUAUACUUAUAGCGGAUUUCUUCCAGUUGUUAUUCGUUUGCCUCCAAUGGCAAGUAUUCAACGUGGAACAGGGAAGUCAGUCUACUAAUUAUGCCGGCGGUGACAACAAAGACAUUUUACCUGAGGUCGAAGCUUCCCUAGAGAUACCAGUUCCUGAUUUCACCACCACAAUGGCUUCCUACCUAGACGUAGCCAAGUAUGCAGUAUUCUAUCACCUCUUUUGGGUGACCAUGGCCAUUGUCUUCUUUGCCGGAACAAAUCGGAUCAACAUAUUUGGUCUUGGUUAUGUCAUCAUAGUCUUCUGUUUUAUGUGGUUUGGCCGAGAAUUUCUGUUGAAGCCCUUGAGAAAGCUACUAUGGUGGUGGAAUUUCCUCAUUGGUUAUACUUUUAUUGUCCUUCUGGUGAAAAUCAGUCUACAGCUUGUUGGUUGCGUUUAUAUGGAUGGUGUUGGAAUUGCCCAUUGUUGGGCCGUAAAGUUAUUCGGUAUUACUUGUCUGAAUAGUUUCCCAAAAGAGCAACAUGGUAAUUGUGAAGCAGACAAAAAUGGUCUGGGAUGGGAUGUGAUCUGCUUUGCUUUCCUUCUUCUGCAACGAAGAGUGUACAGCUCCCAUUAUUUCCGUCAUAUUGUAGCAGAACUGGAAGCUCAAAGACGAUUGGCAUCCAGGGGAGCUGAACUGAUCAAUCGUAUACUGAUCAGAGAAGUGCUGCUUCAGAAAGAGAGAGAAACUGAAGUGUUGUAUACCAUCAAAAAAAAGAUGGAGCAUUUGAAAGCUAAGCAAGCAGGACUGAAGAAGAGCUUCCAUGAACCCGACGAACAUUUCCAAGCUAUCCGUUCUGGGGACUAUUAUUUAUUUGAAGAUGAAACAGAAGAGGUACCUGAAAGCCCAGAUCAGGGCCCAACCACUUCUUUGAAUAUUGGUCGGUCAGAACGGAGUGGCAGUGAAGAUAAAGCAUUGGGGCCACUUCAGCUGUUGUCCACUGCUAUCGACUCAGGAACUGACACAGCUCUGGAGAAGGCAAGAGAAGAAACAGACCAACCAGUAAGUCAACACGACUCUACACCAUCAGGUGAUAAACACGUCGCCAUCGUCAUGGGAACUUCUGUUGAUAAGGUUGAAGAUGAAGAAACUACUAAACCUAAAGAGUCUCUCUGCUCAAAGAUUUCCAAUAGCUUCAGUUUGUUCAUCGCUAUCCUAGUUAGUAUGGCUAAUUGGCUUAUUAAAUUCUUCAAUAGAAUAUCUAGGAAUUAUCGACGUGUCGCUUAUACUUUGACUGAUGACAUGAGGAAAGAGAAGUUGAAAAUACAGGCUGAGAAGUUGACAUUUUUAUCCUUAUCGGCAAUGGAAGAAGGAAUAACUACUGUUGAUUCCAAAGAAGCUGUUACCAGAGCAGCAGAAGACAUCGGCGUUAACAAAAUAGCAGUGGAAGUAGACACUCCGCAAGAAACUGAUAUCAGAAAGUCUUUCACCAAGACAAAUUUGCAAGACAUUGACAAUGCUGAAGAAGAAAAUGAAUUCGAGUUAGCCCAGCCAGUGUUCUACAGAUUACUCGUAGCUUACUAUUACAUGCUCAUCUCUCGCUCCGAGUUGGUUUGCUAUUUUCUCAUCGUUCUCAACCAAAUGAUGUCUGCUAGUCUGCUCUCCAUGCCUCUGCCAAUUAUGGUCUUUCUCUGGGGAAUGCUAUCUGUUCCUCGACCAUCCAAGACAUUCUGGGUCACCGUUAUCACCUAUACUGAGGCUAUAGUCGUAUUAAAAUACUUGUUCCAGUUUACAUUCUUUCCUUGGAAUGAUGACGACAAUUCUAAAAACUGGAAAAACAAUCCAUUUUGGCCACCACGAAUCUUGGGUAUUGAGAAGCAAGAUUACUAUGCAAUGUAUGAUCUUGCCUUGCUUUUAGUUCUCUUUAUACACAGAACCAUUUUGAAGCGUUAUGGCUUGUGGAAAGAUGCUGAAGACAUCACAGCUGAUCUGGCAAAAGCCGAAGGAAAGGAACUAAGUCCUCCAGCAUCUCCACAGAUGCAUGAUGAAAGGAAGUUUGCUGCUGCUGCUGCUACUGCUGCUGCUGUCCCCGAAAAGCAGGAAUAUGACUUUGAUGCUGGCCAGGAGUCAGAAGUUGAUGUUCCUUUGAAAAAGAAGAUGAUAGUUACUCAAGACCCUAAGGACAACAGUCCCCAUAUUACCACACUGGAGCCUGAACCUGCAGAAGAAACUGUACAGAAGAAAAAUAUUUUGACAGUUCUUGAAACAAGGUUUGUAUCGGUUAUGAAACCAUUCCAGAAUUUCUAUCGCCAAAUGACCAACUCUGCCUACAAUGCAGUUGUCGAUGUAUAUGCACCAAUGUUUGUCUGUGACUUUUUGGCCUUCCUCAUUGUUGUCUUUGGAUAUUGGGCCUUCGGACCUGUUCAAUCUGGUGAAGGAAGUGUUACAACAUAUCUUGAAGAAAACCGAGUUCCAAUUCCAUUUCUUGUGAUGUUGGUUGUCCAAUUUAUGUUCAUCAUCAUUGACCGUGCUCUGUUUCUUCGUAAAUGUGUCCAUGGGAAAUUCAUUUUCCAAGUCUCCCUUGUCAUUAUUGUUCAUAUCUGGCUCUUCUUCAUCCUACCAGCAAUUACAAACAGAAUGUUUAUCAAAAACGUUCCAGCAAUGUUGUGGUACUUUGUGAAAUGCAUCUAUUUUGCUCUGUCUGCACAUCAGAUUCGUUCAGGUUAUCCAACCAGGAUUCUUGGAAACUUCUUAACUAAAAACUAUUCAUACCUCAACUUGUUCCUGUUUAAAGGGUUUCUCGUCAUUCCAUUCCUUUUGGAACUUCGUGCUCUCAUGGACUGGAUGUGGACAGACACCACUUUGGCAUUGGGCAGUUGGUUACAGAUGGAAGAUAUCUAUGCCAAUAUAUUCGUUCUGAAAUGUUGGCGGCAUGCUGAAGCUACAUACCCUACCCCUCGAGCUCUUAAGAGAAAGUCAACUAUCAAAUAUGGAGUAGGAGGUCUGCUGCUACUAUUAAUCAUUUUCAUCAUCUGGUUCCCCUUGGUGCUAUUUUCCUUUGCUAACACUGUUUAUGAAGUAAAUCCUCCCAAAACAUGUACCGUCAGGAUUUCCCUGGGUGGUUAUCAACCCCUGUUCAAAAUGACGGUACAACAAGCAGACAUUUUCGCAUUAGAUGAAUCACAAUACAAGCUUCUACACAAAUUCUACGAUACGACUCCUAGGGCCAGCAGUUUUCUAACCAGCUAUGACCCACAAGAUAUUACAGUAAUCACUAUCAAUGGCGAAUCAACAUCUGUGUGGGGGAUAAGUCCACCAAGUCAGAAGAAACUCAUUCGUGACCUCAUGGAUGCCAAACAUAUGGACAUGGAUCUUGAUGUCUCGUUUACAAGAGGUAAGAGAUCACCUCAGUCUCCAGGCACCUUCUCUAAGCAGUUUCAAGUCACGCUCACCAAUGACACCGCAAGCAAACUUGCUCAAAUCAUCAGUGGUGGAAAUUCAAGUCAACUGGUCGCCAUACCAAAACUGUUCUACCCGUUUAUGAGGUUGCAGAACAAUGGUAUUGUUUCGGUUGUACAUCCCUUGAUGAAAGAAAAAGAAGAACCUGACAUAUAUUUGGGUUUCCGGUCUGGAAAUAUAAGCAAAAGCAGUGGUCGAGUAGACUGGUGGUAUGUUUCUGAAGAAACUGACUUAAACAUCUGGAAACCGAACUCGAAGAGUAACGCUAGCCGUUUGAUAUUGGUCACUUUCAAUGACCGUAUAGCCCCAGCCACUUUCUCUUUAAUUACUGGCUAUGGUAUAAUUGGCCUCUAUGUGUCAAUGGUGUUUGUAAUCGGACGCUUUGCACGUAUGUUUGUCAGUGAAGUUUCCUUUCGUAUCAUGUUUAUGGAGCUACCCCGUGUCGACAACAUCCUAAAACUCUGCUUGGACAUCUACCUUGUUCGUGAAUGUUCUGAUUUAUGUCUUGAAGAGGAACUUUUUGCUAAGCUUAUAUUUUUGUACCGCUCACCAGAAACCAUGAUCCGAUGGACAAAACCAAAAUAUGACUGAAAUCCUCCCACAACAUCCUGUCACUGCUCUACUCAAGGUCUCUCUCUCUCCAAUAUUUUGUUUUUUGAGAUAAAUGUAUAUACUCUGUUUUUAUUUCACAAAAUAUAUGUAUUUAAUAUAUACUUAUACAUACACUCAAACUCCAUACACUAAAUGAAAAAGUUAUGUAAAAAUUCUGAAAAUUGUAAGGUUGUAUACUUUGACAUUAAGAAGAUGCAGGUUCAAUUUCAGACUCAUUCUCUUAACAUUUUUUUUUCUGUUUAUUAGUGGUUUAUAUGUUUUAAACACUCUCACUCUGUGUGUGUGUACAAAUAGAUAGAUAGAUACAUACAUACAUGGAUUGAUAGAUAAAUAGAUGAUUAAUUCAAUAAUUGUUAUAUUUAAAUUAGCUAUUUUUGAACUAAAAGGGAAGAAUAAGAAGUGUGUUUCUACUUUGAUGAUGUUGUUGUUUAAGUCCUAGUCAAUGUGGAUCAAGUAGAACUAUAAGCAAAAAUAUUCCAAUUGCAUGACCAUCCUGCCUCUGACUUAGUGUAUCCAAGAUUGCCCUAAUUAAAUAUAUUAAAUAUAGUCUUCCUCUGAUUUAGGAUGGGAGACUGUGAAUUGAGGAAAGAAAUUGGUUUCUAUUUCUAGAGACUACAGCAUUACCCUUGAGACUGCAACAUUACCCUUCAGUGUAAUGUUGCAGAUACAGAUUAUCCCAUAAGUAUUAUAUAUCUGUAUAUAUAAAAUGAUAAAUAAAAGUGACAAGUUGGAUAUUUAGAAUAUAAGGAUGAGAGUGGCAAAAGUUGAGAGAUUGGAAUCAGUGUGUCAGGCAUUGACCAGGAAUGAUAGAUUUAAUUUUGUAGUAGUUUCUCAUUUAACACACACACAUACAAUUGUUAGAAUAUAUUGUAAUUAUAAAAUGAACAUUUUUUUUUUUUUUUUUUAAGCUGUAAAACUGAAACUGCCAUCUUGUUUUUUUAACAUUCUUGAGUUAUUUUGACUGUUGUUUUGAAAGUGAAGUGUUGUUCAUUUUCAUUUUCUGCUGAGAACAUAAGUCUGAAACCCAUCAUUAGUUCCCAUAUCAGCAUCACUUUAUCUCUCUCAUACUGAUGACUCCAACCACUUUGUCACAUUCUCCAAACACCACCCCUCUGGCGAAAGAUGGAGUUUAUUACAGUCAUAACUUCAAUCUUUAAUGGGGGUGGUGGUGGUUUAUAAUCUGUCUUAUUGUUUGAGAUGGUGACUACAUGUGUGUGUGUGUGUGUGUCUUCAUUAUCCUUUGCAAUGUUUCCUUAGCAACAGUGUUAGUGACUAGAGGGUUGAAGUGUGUGUGUGUGUGUGUGGAAAUAAUAUGGAAAAUCUUUAAAUUGUUUGACAGAAUGUCAUUGUUUUACUAUCUGAGAGAAUAUCUCAGAUGUGAGUCAAUAUGCUUUUCUCUUAAAGAAGCCACUUUUCUACAUUUUGUGAGGUAAUGGAUGGCUUGAGGUACAAAUGAAAAUCUAGACUAAAAAUUUAUUCACUGUAAAUGUCCUCCUGUUCCCAGUAAUGAUUUUAUAUUCAUAUUUACUGGACCACAGCUCCCUACAACAUUCAAUAUUAUUGUUCCUUCUUCAGACAACAAUGUUAGAUCUGUUGUGUUUAUUCCAGAUACAUAUUUUGUUAGUGGGAUUUGCAAUUUCUUAUUUUAAGUAUACAAAUAAAUUGCAUGUCUAUGAUAUCUAUGGGGAGGUGAAGGAGGACUGUUACACUGCGGUGUCACAGUAUUUGAUAUUCUUUAUUAUAGUCUGUAGCAAGGUAUUAUUAUGCUGAUAACUGUUCUGGUAUCUGAUGAUGUUAAUAGUGAUCAAUAAUUUCUAUUACAACUUGAUUAUGCAUGCACUAACUAUCAGCUAAUUAGUUCCUGGUUAGCCAGGGCAUAUCCUUCUAAUGUGAGAUAUGUAUCGUGUCUAUCACAGAUACCAGUAGGGGUUCCUAUUCCUGCUUUAAAUACUAUGUAUCUUUAUGUUAUUUUUGAUUGAGGCUCAGUGUUUAUUUGUUUUGCUGUGCAAAUGCGUUACUCAGUUCAUUUUUGCUCUUGCAUCUUCUGAGAUGCUCUUUACUUACUCAGCUGAAUAAUAUUUUACAAACUAUUUCUGUAAGCUAGUUAGCUCAGGGACAUAUUCAGAGGUAUGCCUUUUGUUUAAGGCAUCUGAAAUUGGAGGUAAACCAUGGUCCUAUGUUGUGACUCACUCACUGAGGGCCUUAGAUAGUUGGCGGCCAUUGACAUCUUAGUUGUUCCAUGCAACUGAAUAUUGUCAUCGUAACUAGUUGCUAUUGCGUUAAUUCCAUUGCCUUCCAUGUUACCUCACAUUACAGCUCAGUUGUAUAACAUUAAUACUUUCUGCUCACACAACUGCAGAUGUACCAGACCCAUAUUUUUGGGUAUGUAAUUGUGUAGUCUAAGUGGAGAAUAAUGAUACCCCAGAGUGGAAAGGGAUAAAAAAAUCACGUGAAAGAGUAUAUAGGCAGGUCUUUGUAAAAGUGGCUCCAUUUGGCAAGGAUUGUUCAGAGCAUAUAGAGGGAGCUUUGUGAAAAUACGAUUUGGAGUUAUAUAUAAAUGGGAGGAUUGCAUGAAAAGCUGUGUUGUGCAAGAGAUUUGAAGCUUUGUAUAUGAAAGGUUGUGUAAAGAUGAUGAUAUUUAUGAGAAAGGAUUUCUGUAUGAUCAAGCAAUUUAUGAGUGUUGGAUGAGGUCUGUAUAACAAUAUGGCAAUGGAUGUAUAAACUGUAUAUAAUUUUAUAUUCAAACUUUGCUAAUUAAAUAGUUAAACUCAUCACUGAAUUUCAUUAUAGAUAUAUUAUCAAAAAAAGAAUCAUAUAUAUAUAUAUAUAAUAAAAAAAUCAUAUGUAUAUUAUCAAAACAUUAUAUAUAUAUAUUAUCAAACAAAAAUUAUAUAUAUAUACUGUAUAUGUAUGUAUAUUAUCAAAAGAAUUUUAUAUAUAUAUAAAAAGCUAAUUUACUAUAUGAAGUGCAAUAAAAAAAAAUAGGUCACGCCAAUCUUAUUUUCAUAAUUACGUUGGGUGAACUUUCAGUUACUCAGAAAGUUUAAGAAGUUCAUGUGUAUACCAAAAUGAAUAUAUAUAUAUAUAUAUAUAUGUGUGAAUUUCAGACAUGUCUUUAACUAUUUUUUGCCCCCUUAAACUCACCCCAUACAUCUAACUGCAUCUUCAUUAUUUAACACUUUCUCUUUGUGACUGGAAAUUCAGUCUCCUGCAAGGAACCAACUAUGCAAUAACGUGUUUCUAUCUGGGCUCCAUGUGUGUGUGUGUCUCUGUGUUCCUCUGUCUCUUGUCUCUAUAUGCUUUGAUUAUUUGCUUCUCUCUUUCUCAUGCAUAGCCUGAUUUACUUUGCUGCCUUUUUCACUGUGCCUUUUUUUCCCAGGAUGCAGUGCUGCCAAACCUCUCAUGUCUCCAAUGUUAUUGGACAGAAUUUUCUCCCCCAUCUCCCUAUCUUCCAUAUCAUAUGUAAAAGAUCUGAUAAGCUAUGUUGUAAAUACACAAUAAAUAUGGGAUGAAUAAAAAAAAAAGAAAAAGAAUGGA